GUUGAGUGUGACUGAUAUCUGUCAUUCGGAAUCAUUGUGAUUUGGAGUUUACCUUCGUCACCAAACCAAUAAUGGCCAGCCAAACCCAAGGAAUUCAACAGCUGCUUGCCGCGGAGAAACGGGCAGCUGAGAAAGUUGGCGAAGCUCGGAAAAGAAAGCAGCGUCGCCUGAAGCAGGCAAAAGAGGAAGCUCAGGAAGAGAUCGAACGCUACAGACAGGAACGGGAGAGGCAAUUUAAAGAGUUCGAAGCCAAGCACAUGGGCAGUCGCGAAGGUGUCGCCGCCAAAAUCGAUGCCGAUACCGUUUUGAAGAUUGAGGACAUGAACCGAUCGAUUUCAACCAACAAGGCAGCUCUGAUGAACGAGAUACUGAAGCUGGUGUACGACAUUAAACCGCAACUGCACAAAAACUACGAAUACAUGGUCAAGAAGUAAACCCUCCCCGCCACUUCACAACACAUGUUGCAAUAUUUCUAGGCGAGUAUCUCUCUACAGAAAUUUACCGUUUGCUGGCCAAUACACAAACCGUUAGAAUAUCGGAAAUCGAAAACUUUGCCCAUAGUGUCAUAGAUGUCCUAUAUCUCUAGAAUGCCUGAAUGGUGUGAAUAAUUAUUUCCAGUUCUAUAUUGAAUGUGUACAUUUGAAUUUUUAUUUUCAGCAAAGUAUCAAUGUUAAAUUUAUGUUUGUUUUUGUUACUGUAUCGCGCAUUAUUCAGAAUAUUUUCUUACAAGUAUUACCUAAAUCAAUACUUUGCAAUACAAUCUGUUCGACAUUCAUUUCCAAACAGUUUCUCUCUAUUCUUAGUUGUGGUUUAAUUGGCUAUAGCUUCUAUUCUGUCCCAUACAACGGAUAAGUCGAGUAUCGGGCCAUCCGUCAUACAUAGCGCUACAAUAGGACUGUUCAACAGUUUGAAAGCAUCACAACAUCACUAUAUAUAGUACUAGCAUUGGCUGCCCGAUACCCGAAUUACUGGUUACCUGCGCAGAAUAUCGGAGAAAAAAAAAGACAUGACAAUAUUGCCUGUUAUUAUAUCUAAUCUACUAACAUAAUUGCUCUCAGAAAAUGGCAAAAUCAGUUGUAAUUGAUGUAUCAUGACCUCUAUACCCUACUUAUCUAUAAAUGAAAAAAUGCUAAAUUUGAACGAGUGAAUCUCUUCUCAUCACAUGUUAAAAUCGCUUCUCCGCUGUUCAUGAUGCCGUUACUACUUUUUGAUAGUGAGUGGCUCAAUACCUAAACAAUAUUGGCCAUAUCUGCUAGUAGUAAACCGCUAGUGAUUGAAACAACUCUAUGUAAUCAACAACGGAUUGUGUCCGAUAAAUUGCAGUCAUAUUAAGUACGUACAAUUGUCACCGGUCGGAGAAUUAUAUCGUUAACGGAA